UUUGUUCACAUGUAUCUAACACUUCCAUCGGAGAAAGGCGGCUAGGGUUUUGAGUCGACCCCCUUUGGCCAUCCCAGUUUGACAAAUCAUCCUGGCCAGCCGCCGCCCACUCUAGGCUUGCCCGGUACAUCCGGGCCUCUUCCCCUUCUUCCUUGUCCGAUCUCAGCCUCUACUCCUGCUUCACUGCUAUAGCAGCACCGCCGCUCUAUGGAAUCCGCAAGUAGCACACGAAGCAUGGUGAACGGUGUGGCAAUAACCCCCAAGAAGCACAAGCAUUGUGACAACACCACUUCGGCUCCAAUGAAUAAGCAUAAGAUCUUCAUGAGAAACCAUUCAUUAAUGGCUCAAGAUGACUACCCUCAGUGCCCACCAGGUUUCGAGCUUAGCGAUGUUGGAAAAUAUACAUUGGAUAAGCUAGAAAGAAAGUGUCAUGGUAUCAAUGUUAGUGAUCCAAUGGGAGUUGUUCCUGAUACAUGUCCAUGUUGUGCGAAAGAAGGUGGUCCAUGUAAGGAAAAUGAGGGGGACGUGCCUUUUUUUAGAAUGAAGUUUGCCAAUGAGAAUCGUCUGUACUAUUUGAUCAUACCAUGUUGUGCUCACAAAAAAUUUAAUAAUAUACAAGACCGAACUAUUAAAAUAAUGUCAUCUGAAGGCAAAAUUUAUGAAGCCAGUUUGAUCAAGGUAUUUGAUAAAGUUUUGCUCGGAAGCAGUGGUUGGCAAAAAUUUGUGGCUGACCACGGUCUUGGUCGUGGUGAUGAAGUGCAUUUUCAUUUUCAAAAGAAUGAACCUCAUUUAGUCUUUGGAUUCAAGCCAAUCAAGGAUGUAUACAAUAAUGAUGAAGGACAUAAUGGGUGCGAAACUGUGCAUCCAUCAGUUCACGAUGUUUCUUCCACCAAGAAAGUUGUACAUUCUGCAACUUAUGUAUCUGAACCUUCUGCAGCUGAUGAAGCUACUUCUCAUCACCUAUAUAGCUUCAUCCAUCAGUUUUCUCCUAGUGAUGUCAAAUAUGUUCUUAAAAUCUCCAAGGCGAGGACCGAUAAAUUUCAAGUUCCUCCAAGUGGUGAGGUGGACCUGAUAAUGCGCCAUCCGCGUGUUAUCGUUCAUGGAAAGUACAAAAUUGUGAAUGGUUUAACUCAUGUCGAUGGUCGUCUAUCAGUCAACCAUGGAUGGAAAGACUUUGUCAACCAAACUGGACUGAAACCAAAUAUGGAGGUAAAGAUUGAAGCCUCGCUAAUCCAUGACAAGUUGACACUCCACAUUGGCCCAGUAUAAUUUCUUUUGAUAUAGUGUUGCUGACUUGGUCAUUUGAUAUGAAGAAACAAAAGGAAUUGAAGUCUUAUUACUUUUUCAUGAGUUGUGAUGAAAUAAAGCUCUAAAUUCAGUUACAUAUCUAUAAGUUGUGACAAGCUAUCCAUGUAAUCCUACAAUUUAAUUGCCAGUUUAUAUACUAUUAAACAGA